AUGAGAAAGUUUGAAGAGUUUUUUAAAAAUACUCCAAACAAAUUAGAAAUUUUUGAAAAAAAGUUGCAAGAAACUAAUUCUCAAGACUUAAUGGAAGACUUUUAUAAAAUUCAAGAGAUAUUAAAAUCCACUGAAAAAUAUUAUCAAAAUAUAGUAAAAAAAUUGGAUUUUGAUAAAGAAGAUUCGAAGUCUGGCUCAUUUUUAUUAUACGACAGUGGCAAUAACUUUGAAAGUAGCUUAAUUGAAUAUUCAGAUGAUACUCAAAAUGACAAUUCAAUUGAAGAUUUUGAAAAUUUUUCCUUAAAUUUUUCAUUUGAUAAAAAAGAUGAUGAAAAAGUUUUAAAUAUCGAAUCAGAAAUGAAACAGGUUUCAUCCGACCUUAAUCAAAUAAUAAAAGAAGUUAAAUCUUUUAAAAUUAAGUAUGAAAGGAACGGAGAAAUAUUAAAAGAUACUAUAAAUAUUAUCAAAAACCUCAAUAAUAUUUCAUCAACCUUUCAAAAUGAAUGUGAUAUUGAUUCUGAAAGGGAACCAGUAAUUAACAUACAUAGUGAAGUGGUAAUGAGCACACAACAUUAA